ACUGAGGACACGGAGCUGCAGGUAGAGCCGAGCCUGCAUUUUCAGCAGGUGGUGGUGGUAGCAGUAGUGUUCCAGGACCUCAAGAAGCGCAGACUCUCAGAGCGCCAUGAUCCCUCAUGUGAAAAGGAGGAGAUAAGAACAUGGGAGUUCUAGAUUGGUACAUGCGCUCUGUGUCUGUCUGCUCGGCAUGAAGUUUCUCUUUGGGGUUGUUGGCGUUGCUGGCUCUUUCCCUCUACAUCUGUAGGUGUGGUUUCUGCAACUCUAGCGUCCAUAGUUUAUCUCGCCCUACAUCGUCGUACACUGGGGAUGUGGCCCUUAACACUCACUUGUUGUGUGCUCUGGAGUUCCCAAAACCUCUCCAAGCAGACGACGCCAUGUGUAAAGCGGAAAGCGUUCUGCGAGGAACAAGCGUACGUCUAGGCGAUAAAGGAAGAGAGAGGAAAUGGGGACUGAUGUCGAAAGCAUGACAGAAAUGAGAGUGGUGUUUGGAGACCCCGAACCCUAAACGCGACCAAUAGCCCAAGCCCAGGAAGGAAUAAUAGAAGCAUCAUGGUCGUCACGGCGAAUGUUGCGAUGCGAUAAGAUGGGAUGCGAUGCGAUGCGAUGUUCGUCGAAGAAAAUCGGCGAAGACAGGAAGCUUUAAUUCGGGGGCUAUGGCAAUCAUUGCACGCCCAAGGGAGCCACGAGAAAUUCACUUUCACCUGAAAUGCGGAGCGCGGGGUAAAUUUCAGAGGGCCGGGUGGGUUUGACCCGGCCAGAUGGCAACAGUGCCGGACGUCGUCGUCGUCUUCGUCGUCGGCGUAGGCGGGCGCUGAGCUGAGGGCCUGAGGCGCUGGGACCCGUGCGCUGAUGAUUGAGGGAGAGGGACCCGAAAGUCGAUCGUUCGUUGAUGUUUGAUGAACGGUUUUGGGAACAUGUGGACACACGUGUGCACCGCUUCUUCCUCCAGACACUUCCCGGGAGCUUUUCAGGACGCUCAGCCUGAAGUACACCUGUCUGCCUGGGGGCUUCUCAAGAUGAACCCACUACUGCUCUACCCGAGUUCGACAGACGCAGUCUGUCAAAAUAUACUAAGAUGGAAUGGGUUUCAAAAAAGAUCUCACUUUCUAUUUUUUCAACUUCAGUGGGAUUGUAUUACUCGUACUCUCAAGUACAACUCUGCAGAAAAUUACAAGCACAAGAUUCUAACCUAA